AGGCCCAAGAUAGCUGCUGGCCGAUUUCCCUGGCAUGCAAGACUGGAGAGGAGGAGGAGGAGGGGCACACCGCACGCCCGCUUGGGAUUCCUGACUCUGUCCCAGCUUCAGAGAACCGGGUCGGGGUGGGUGCCCCUGGGUGUGGACGGACAGCGCGUGAAAGGAGACCUUGACAAGUCACUGGCCAGCUCAGACGUGUUUGGGUUUCUCUUUUCUUAGCUCAGUGAGUACUGGAAGCUUCACAAGACUGCAUAUAUAAGAGGCUGGCCUUAGCUGCGGCUGAAGGAGCUGACCAGCCAGCUGACCCCCGACAUUCACCUAGCCGCCAUGGACAUCGCCAUCCACCACCCCUGGAUCCGCCGCCCCUUCUUCCCUUUCCACUCCCCGAGCCGUCUCUUUGACCAGUUCUUCGGAGAGCACCUGUUGGAGUCUGAUCUCUUCCCGACUUCAACUUCCCUGAGUCCCUUCUACCUUCGGCCACCCUCGUUCCUGCGGGCACCCAGCUGGAUUGACACUGGGCUCUCGGAGAUGCGCCUGGACAAGGACAGGUUUUCAGUCAACCUGGAUGUGAAGCACUUCUCCCCAGAGGAACUCAAAGUCAAGGUGACGGGAGAUGUGAUUGAGGUGCAUGGCAAACAUGAAGAACGCCAGGAUGAACACGGUUUCAUCUCCAGAGAGUUCCACAGGAAAUACCGAGUCCCAGCUGAUGUGGACCCUAUGGCCAUUACUUCAUCCCUGUCAUCUGAUGGGGUCCUCACUGUGAACGGACCAAGGAAAGCGGCCCCUGGCCCUGAGCGCACCAUUCCCAUCACCCGUGAAGAGAAGCCUGCUGUCACUGCAGCUCCCAAGAAGUAGAUGCCCUUUCUCUAACUGCAUUUUUUAAAACAAGAAGGUUUCCCCAUCAGUGAAUGAAAAUCUUAUGAUUAGUGCUGAAGCUUAUUAAUGCUAAGGGCAGGCCCAAAUUGUCAAGCUAAUAAAAUAUCAUUCAGCAACAGA